AUGGGCGUUGUUGUGCUUCAUUUAGCCAGUCAGAUCGAUAUACUCUGCGAUAGAUUAACAGAGAUUUUAAAUAACCAUAGUGAAGAACAGUUACGUAUAACAGUCAUAAAAAAUCUUAUAGUCAAACACCAAAGAAUCAUAAGUUUAUCUGAAAAUGUCGAAAGUGUAUUCACUUUGAUAUCUUUACUACAAUUCUUUUUUAACACUGUAGUGAUCUGCUUUGUGGGCUUUCUUCUUGUAACCUCAUUAAGCAGUGGACAAGCACCUGCAGUAAUAACAAAAUGCUUUCCUUAUUACAUAGCUGUUAAUUUUGAAGCACUUAUACUUUGUUAUACAGGCGAAUAUCUUAGUUCAAAAAGUGAGGAUAUCGGUUGGACUGUGUACAAUUCCAACUGGUAUCGAUUAAGUAUUUGUGAAACUCGCGCGCUUUUAUUAUUAAUAUUGCGUUCUCAGAAGCCUCUGAAUCUCACAAUUGGGAAAUUUAUGAAUCUUUCUUUAGAGACAUUUGCUAAUAUGUUGAAAGCCUCUGCUUCAUAUGUUUCGGUGUUACAUGCAAUGGAAUAAAACACGAUGAAAAUUUGCAAUAGUAAAAUAUUGAUGCGCGCCGGAAUAAUAUACUCUUGUUAUAAUACUUAUUUUACUACAAUGAAACAAUCUGCUCGAAAUUUGGAAAUGGAAGCAACCAUAUAUUACUAAUGAA